GCCUUUGCGUCUCCUGCAGAAAAGAGGAGAGCAGCGCAGAGAGAUCAGAUCACGCGACGAGAUGGCCUCCUCCUCCUCCUCAUCGGCGGCUGCGGCGGCGGUUGGGCGCGCGGUGGAGGAGGUGCGGUCGGCGCUCAACGAGCACGCCGACGUGGUGGCGGAGCUCUUCGGCCGCGUCUCCACCGAGCUCCGCGGCGGGUUCGCCCCCGCCGUCGACACCUUCAUCGGCUUCUUCCACGCCGUCGACUGGAAGGAACCUUGGUUGAUUGGUAUGAUAAGUUUCCAUCUUAUUCUGCUGCUGGUAACCAUCAUAUCCAGGAGGAACAUCAAUUUCCAACUUAUGUUGUCAGCCUUGACAUUUUCUGGUGUAUUUCUUGCCGAGAAAUUAAACGCAUUCUUAGGACAAAACUGGAAGAGCUUCUCAAGCCAGAACUACUUUGAUCCCCAAGGUCUCUUCAUCUCGGUCAUGUGGUCUGGUCCCCUGCUUGUGAUUACAAUACUUAUUCUGGUGAACACCCUUGUGACGCUCUGCAUGCUGAUGGUAAGGUGGAAAAGGGCUGAGCUCAAGCACCGUGCUCGUGAGGCCCGUAGCAAGCAGGAGUGAUGUUGCCCUACCCUUGAACCCGCUGAUCUGUUGUGCGGUAGGAAAUUAAGCUGCUGAUCUAACAGAGAAGUUUGAUUGGAACAGUAAAGUAAAAGAUUAAUUAGCAUUGGGACUAAAGUGUAUGGAGGUGCUAGCCACUGUUCACCAAAUUAAGAGAUUUAUUUGUGUAGAGGGAGCCCUGAACAUUUCUGUAGUCUUGGUACCGAAGAGUACAUGCAUGCUCUGUCAUCUGAA